AUGCGUGGGGCGGCGCGCUUGCCGGCUGUUUCGACGGGCCUGGUGGCUUUUGGGGCUACUCGCGCUGAGCAAGCGGGUGUUCAACAAUUCCGUGGCAUGGCGCGCUACGCUCGUGUGGGUGCCCGCACAGGCGUCAUGGGCGAGCCGGCGGCCUCCUCCGUCACCCCAUCCUCAGCCAACUGGGUGGCUGGAGGCCUUGCCCUUGCGGGUGUCGUGGGGCUUGGUGUGGUUGGCGCGGCCUUGGCCAGCGGAACCACGGCGGCUGGCACCGUGCAUGACAAUAGCGUGUGGCAGCCUGCCGUGCGCCAGCGCAUCUCCUCCACCUUCACUGCCUUUGGUGCUGGUGUUGUUUUUACGGGCGUGGCCACCGUGGCCCUUUUCCGCGGCGGUGCACACAUGCUGAUGAUGGGUCGCCCCAUCUUGUCACUCUUUGUUGGCGUGGGCUCCAUGUUUGCCACCUCGAUGCUGGUCCAUUCACUGCCCGCUGAGAACACGGUGGCCAAGUAUGGCGCACUGGCCCUCUUCAACACGGCCGUCGCCUUUUCUCUCUGCCCGCUCAUGCUCCUCGGGGGCCCCCUUCUCCUGCGUGCCGCCGCCGUGACUGGUGGCAUCGUGGGGUCCUUGUCCAUUGUGGCUGCCAACUCGCCCUCGGACCAGUUUCUGUGGAUGGCAGGUCCCCUUGCCAUGGGUCUGGGUGCCGUAGUGGUCAGCUCACUGGGCGCAGCGUUUCUGCCCUCGAUGCGCUUUGCUCCCAUGCUGCACAAAGUCUCCCUGUACGGUGGCCUCGUCGUCUUCUCCGGCUUUGUCCUGUACGACACGUCACUGAUCAUCGAGAACGCCAAGCGCAAACUCAAGUUUGAUCCCGUGGGCGAGAGCAUGCGUGUCUACAUGGAUGCCAUUAACAUUUUUGUGCGCAUUGCCCAGAUCAUGGCUAUGAACAACAACAACCGCCGCUAA